AGUAUCGUUGGAUCUAGCUUCCUAUGGCCCCGAUUAACAUAGUGCAACCACCGACCACGGCUGAUGGUGGCAACAAGGCGAACUUUGAUGUCCGUAUGCUACCCAUGGAGGACAUUGUGGCCGCGGCUCCGACAGAGGCGCUGAUCGAGUGGUAUCAUCUUGUGCUUUCGGAACUGUAUCACCGUCAGAGCACAUCUCCACAUAUCCAUCGUUGGACCCAUGCCUUCCAAUAUGCCCUGGUCGGACCUCCGGGAGUCGGCAAGACUAAUCUGAGACUAAUGUUUACGGAAAAUGUGUUCCGUGUGACGUCUACUCCGACUGACACGGUGGAAUUUUCGAAGGCUAUAGUUAAUAUCGAUGAGAAUAGGGUGAAACUGCAAAUAUGGGACACAGUGUGGGGUAAGUUUACAUUAUCGUAUUGCCGAGGCUCAGCGGUCAUUUUCUUCGUUUACGAUGUUUCGCAGAGGAAGACGUAUGAUGAGCUCACCGAUUUUAUAAAGCAGAAUUUGGAGAAGUUGAACAAAAAUGUGACGAAGGUUCUAAUUGGCAACAAGGCCGACUUGCUUGGUCGUGAAGUGCCAUCGGACGAAGCGGCGACGUUCGCGAGAUCUAAUGGUAUUCUGUUCAUGGAAACGUCAGCAAAGGGAGGUCAGAGAGUCCGCGAUGCUUUCCUCAACUCAGCCAGGCAAGUGCUGCUGCAGAUCCAAAUGGGCCUCAUUGACUGCGCCAACACGCCCGGUGUGAAAAUGUCCGGUCCGGAAAGCGGCAGAGUGGCGACUGUUUACGAGAGGGGUUUGCAUUUGAUGCGCAACCCGGUCUAUAACAAGGCGGAGGCAUUCACAGAGGCCGAGCGUGAGGAGCUUGGGCUCAUUGGCUUGUUACCUCCCAAGGUCCUCAGCAUUGACACUCAAGUGGAAAGAUGCAUGCAACAGCUUCGAACCAAGGAUACAGAUAUAGGCCGCUACAUCUACCUGGAAGGUGUACACAAUCGCAAUGAAACGUUGUAUUAUCGUCUGCUUCUGGACAACAUCACGGAUCUGAUGCCCAUCGUAUACACUCCGUCGGUGGGUCAGGCCUGCAAGGACUUCGAUCGUAUUUUCCGAGGCUCUCGUGGUAUUUACUUUAAUAUCUCGGAGAAAGGCAACUUCAAACAAGUCAUCUGGAACAGCAAUGUUCGUGAUGCUGAUAUCAUCGUGGUCACUGAUGGUUCUCGUAUUCUUGGUCUUGGUGAUCUUGGUACCAACGGUAUGGGUAUCCCUAUUGGUAAACUCUCCCUUUAUGUCGCAUGUGCCGGUAUCAACCCUGGCCGCACUGUGCCUGUUACCCUUGAUGUCGGUACUAAUAACCCGGAUCUGCUCAAUGAUGAUAUGUACCUUGGUGAGCGCCAUAAGAGAGUCGAUGGUGAGGAGUACUAUGCUGCUGUGGACGAGUUUGUCGAUGCUGUCCGUUCCCGUUGGCCCGGUGUCCUCAUCCAAUUCGAGGACUUCACUAAUGAUCACGCCUUCCCCCUCCUCAAGAGGUAUCAAGAGAACAUCUUAUGCUUUAAUGAUGAUAUCCAGGGUACUGGCUCUGUCGCCCUGGCAGGAGUACUCACCGCAAUGCGAGCCAAAUCCGAGGCUCUCGCUGACCAACGCAUCGUUUUCUUCGGGGCCGGCUCUGCAGCUGUCGGGGUAGCCGACAGUAUUGUCUCCGCCAUGGUCCAACAGGGCCUCACCAUCGAGGAGGCGAGACAGAGAUUCUGGUUGGUGGAUUCCAGAGGACUGGUCACUUCUAAGAGAGGCGGGGAGCUGCAGGAACACAAAAUACGAUUCUGUCGAGAUGACGAGCCUCUUGAGAGCUUGCUGGAAGUUGUUCAAGUCGUUAAGCCAACCAUUUUACUGGGCCUGAGUGGACAGUAUGGAGCCUUCACUGAGGAGAUCAUCAAAGAAAUGCACGCCCACUGCCCGGCACCGGUCAUAUUCGCCUUGUCGAAUCCAACUCCGAAGGCUGAGGCCACGCCUGAGCAGCUUUACAUAUGGACCGGUGGAGAGGCCUGGGUGGCAACAGGAUCGCCGUUCAAGCCGGUGACCUACAAUGGGAAAAUAUACAUUCCGGGUCAAGGCAACAACAUGUACAUCUUCCCUGGGGUUGGCCUGGCAGCAAUCGUCGGUAAGUUCAAGAACAUCCCGGACACUAUGUUCUACCGGGCAGCUAAGACCUUGUCGGAGAAGGUCGCGGAAGAGGAUCUAGCCCAAGGCCUCCUCUACCCACAGAUCAACAGGAUCCGCGAGCUCUCUCACGCCAUCGCCGUGGCUUGCAUCAAGGAGGCGUUAGACACUGGGAUUGCUCAGAUCAGUCGCCCUGAUGACCUCAAUCAGCUCGUCCAAGAUGCAAUGUGGCAGCCAGAGUACAGCCGUGUCGAGCUGGACCCGUCCGUGUUGGCCUAUUCGGGUGGUGGAGCUCGAGCUCCUCGUAAGGACGGCUCUUCUAAGCAGACCUUGGCGGUCUCCUCGUCCGAGAGCAAGUCGUUCUCUUUUUCCGAUAUUGAAAGGGUUGACCCCCACAGGCUUAUGCCUGCUUAG